UGUUGCUCCUUUGAUGCACGUGCGGAUAUUAUUCAAAAUAAAUUUUCUAGUUAAAUUCAAUUUUGUCCACAAAAAUUAAGAAAGAAUGGAUUCGUUUGAUUUAUUUCGUCAACUCACUAAAGGAGCUCAUUUUUCAAAGAAGAAAUCAGUUCCAAAAAACGCGGUAAACGUAAAAAUGGAAACUGAUUUGGAUAUAAAAAAGGAAGAAAAUAUCUCUGAAAAUGAAGAGACACCAUCGGACAAUGAAGAGCAAUCUAUUGAACUAUUGAAAGGAACAUCUUUCCCAACUUCAAAGAAGAAAAAGUCUUCAAUGACAACAGAACAAAAGAAGCGCAACAGGGAAGAAGAACGGAUUAACAACUUACGAAAAACAAAUAAAAUCUCUGUCAUGGGUAAGAACAUUCCUCCGCCGGUAACAACGUUCGAAGAACUUCAAAGUCUUUAUAAUCUUUCGCCAAAACUUGUUGACAACUUGGCAAACAACAAAUAUCCAACUCCAACGCCAAUACAAAUGCAGUCCAUACCUAUUAUGUUGAAGGGUCGUCCUUUGAUGGCAUGUGCCCCAACUGGAUCUGGUAAGACGAUAGCUUUCCUCACGCCCAUCAUCAAUGAUCUUAAAACGCCUAAAAAGGACGGCUUCCGUGCCCUCAUUCUCGCACCAACACGAGAACUUUCUCAGCAAAUUUACCGCGAAUGUCUGAGGCUGGCAGAGGGAACCGCUCUGAAAAUACACGUCAUAAGUAAAGUCAAUCAAGCCGAGCAAAAGUUUGGCCCAAACAGCAACAAAAAAUACGACAUUUUAAUAUCGACUCCGAAUAGAGUCCGAUACUUGUUGCAACAAGAGCCACCCGUGUUGGAUUUAAAGAACAUCGAAUGGUUUGUGAUCGAUGAAGCCGAUAAAAUGUUAGAAGAAGGUCAAAACAGUUUCAAGGAACAAUUUGAUGAUAUUCUUGCUGCGUGUACGAGUGAAACCAAGAAACUUGCACUCUUCAGUGCCACCUAUACAGUUUCUGUUUCGAAGUGGGCUCUAAAGAAUUUGAAGGGACUUGCGAGAGUUAAUAUUGGCCAACAGAAUGCUGCAACCGAAUUGGUUAACCAAGAAUUACUCUUUGUUGGUUCUGAAUCGGGGAAACUGAUUGCAAUACGAGAUCUUGUACGGGAGGGUUUGAAGCCACCAGUGUUGAUAUUUGUGCAGAGUAAAGAUCGAGCUAAGCAGCUCUUUGAAGAACUACUUUAUGAUGGAAUCAAUGUAGAUGUCAUACACGCCGAUCGAACCCAACAGCAACGAGACAAUGUUGUGCGCGCGUUCCGCGAGGGACACAUUUGGGUUCUCAUUUGUACAGAAUUGAUGGGCCGCGGUAUUGAUUUUAAAGGUGUCAACUUGGUCAUUAACUAUGAUUUCCCACCAACGACGAUAUCGUAUAUCCACCGAAUCGGUCGAACUGGACGAGCUGGGCGGCCAGGACGGGCGAUUACAUUUUUCACACAAAAUGACACAACUAAUUUGAGAGGUAUUGCACAAAUAAUCAAAAAUUCCGGUGGCACCGUCCCUGAGUAUAUGCUCAAACUUAAGAAAACCAAAAAGUCGGAAAAGAAACAACUCGCCCUGAGUGCACCGCGUCGUGAUGUCAUAUCCACAGAUCCAAAGUUCGAAGAGCGCAGAAAACGGAAGUUAAAAAAAGCUGUAGGACAAUUUGUGAAAAUCCGGCCAAGUGCGGAAGAUGAAUCCAGCAAAAAAGGAUCCAAUAAAAAGAAAACAAAAAUCAUAAAAAAUAUUCUCCACAAAAGUGAUUUAUCGAAAAAACAAAAACCAAACAAAAAGAAUAAAAAUAAGACAAAGACAUAAUUUUUUAUAAACACCAAACAAAAAAUCUAUAGAAAUUUUAUUUCUAAUUUCAUUUAACACUAAAAGUUUUAC